AUGCAUGGGCAUGAAAAGAGAAUUGUCAAAGAAGUGUUUUCAUCAAAACGAACUAUCCACAUGCUAUACAAAGGAGUGCGUUUAGAGAUAAUACUUAAGUCUAUUAUAGAUAAGUCAGAGGAGACUCUUGUAGUCUUAGGAGCCACUAAAUUAUUUAUUGCAAAAGUAAAAGAAGCAGCAAAAAAAAAGAGUCUUCUAGGAAGUGCAACGUGUAAUGCGGUAAAUAAGAUACAUGAAAUAGACAUAAAGACACCAAGCGCCCGCCGGCAAAGAAUUUACAAUGAAAUUGGCUGCGUGUUUGUUAAUGAUCAGAUAUUUCUAUCUGAUAUAUUAAAAAACAAUGUGUUAAACACCAAUAUUCGUACUGUCACAGUGAUUAGUAGUGCCUUUUUACCACGGGUUAAAACUAUCCACGAUUUUAUUUUAUUCACCUUCAAAGGAUUUUUAAAUAUACUGUUUGAAUGGACAGGAAAAGACUCUUUUCCUGAUGUAGUGGCAAGAGGAUACAUACCAUCUUCUGGAAUAUUUUUGUAUCCAUCUUUCAGAAAUUCUGUAAUAAAGUCUUUUGGUGAGCUGGAAGUGAACGAGCUAACUGUUCAGAUCGAUCAGAACAGAAGAGUGAUACAGAGCGAAAUAUUAGACCUCCAGCAGAAAGUUAAGAGUAUGGUUGGUAAAGAGCUGUUUAAUGAAUAUAUAGCAAAAGUAUUAAAAUUAUUAGAGAAUGCGUUGGUUAUACUACACAACACGUCUAUAGCAGAGUUUUUUAAAUACUUCACAGACAUUACAGACAUAAAUUACAUAAUGGGCAUUAUAGUCAGUAUGUAUGGAAUUGCAGACUCCCAACAUUCUAGAACUAUAGUGUAUAAAUCUGCACUAGAGUGGCUGCACUUACCAGGCAUUGAAGUUAUACAUAGAUUAGCUGGGGAUCUGCAGGAAAAAGAAUUCCCAAAGGAAGCACUCAUCCGGCGUGUAUUAGAGAAAAACAGCAAUUCGGCUCCAGUGAUUUUCACAGAAAGCAUUGAGGCAGAAUAUGUUAAGCCAAUAGGCACCGCAAAAGAUUCUAGAGUAGAUAUUUUUGCCGACAAUAUACACACGGUAAGAAAACUAAGCUCUACUGUACAUAGAGCGCUUGGAUAUACCAAGAAGAAAGGCAGUUUUAAAGAGCCAGAGAAAGAACUAGAAACAGAAAUGCCUAAAAAGUUCAGUCAUAAAGCCCAUCCAAUACAUAUUAUUCUAAUGAACUAUUCAAUUGGAUCGUUAAGAAGGAUUAAUAUGUGUAGAAAUAGGUGGCAUAGAAGAGGGGUGGAUUUUCCUUUAACAAUAAUAAACAUAAGAGACUCAUCAGAAGAGAUAAAUUAUCUUCAAGAAACAGUUGCUGAGAAAGAUGCAUUUUUAUAUGGAAUUGGGCUUAAACAGAACAGGCCAGAGAUUAUUGAAAAGCAGUUAUAUGCAAAAGAAGCAGAGGAUCCAAAGGCCCCUCUUUUGCAGAUAGAUAUUCGAGAACUUAAAAGCAGUCUUCCACUGCAUCUAGUUCAGAAGUUUAAUAACCUCUUUAGAUUUGAGUUUAAGCAAUUAACAGUUGGGGAUUAUGUUCUAAAUCAGUCAUAUUACAUAGAAAGAAAAAGAAUAGAUGAUUUUGUAUCCUCUUUAAAGAACGGAAGGCUGUUUAAACAGCUACAAGUGCUUGAGUACACAAAGGGGGCUUCAUAUCUACUAAUUGAAUUUUCACAAAAAGAAAAAAUAAGCUUUCUGAGUUAUGCAAAUAGAUUGCAAGAGAUAGAUCUAACAGGCAGAAUAGUUAGCUUGCUGCAAAACAUGAAAAACACCUAUAUUUUCUAUUCUUCUAUAGAAAGGCACUCAUCAGAACUAAUCAAUGCAUUGGCGCGCAAGCCACCACACAAACUUAUUUCGCAAAAGAAACAAUCACCGGCAACACUCGAGGCUCUCAUGGCAGUCCCAGGAGUAGAUAGCAGAAACAUAGACCUAAUAUUCAGUAACUUCACAUCUCUAUAUGAUUUAAUCACAGCAUCAGAAGAAAGGCUAACAAUGGCCAUGGGAGGCAAGCAUGGUAAGAAAAUAUAUGAGUUUUUUAAUACUUAAAUAAGAUAUAAC